GAGUUGCCGUUUUCGAUGGAAAGCCAGAGAAUACCUUACUGAACGUUGCAUUUUAUCAAGAAGGUAGGUCUAGGGAAGAACCUUCCAGACCACGGGAAAGGGCACAGACUGAGGAGCCAAGGAACGGCCCCAAGUAUAUGAUCUCCAUUUUAGAGUUGGGGGUACUGUGGCCCAAGGGUCUCUCAGUGGGUUGUGGGGUCCCUCAAAAAAAUAGCUUGCUCCUAAAUCGUCUGAGCGCUAGACCACGCCGCCCCGGGUCAGAUCUCACCUGAAGCGCGCGGGUGCACAGGGUGCACCUCUCAGCCUCGGUGCCAGCAGAGGGUAAGUCUUGGCGCCGUGGGGCCAAGGCCCGGCGCGGCGGAGGCGGCCCGAAGGCCAGUGGCACGUGGGGAGGCGGCGGCGGGCAGAGGUCCCGGCGGAAGUCCGGGCGCAGCCAGCGCAGCGUGAGUGGGAGGCGCGCCCAGGGCGGCGCGCGCAGCAUGUGCGCCAGCACGCGCAGGUGGAAGGCGAAGGAGGCCUCGCCGCGCGUGCGCGGCCCCACGUGCAUCAGGCGGCGCGAGGCCUGCGGGUGUUGCCAGGCCCACUCGAACUGCGGGCGAGAAAGCGAAGGGCGUCAGGACCGGUCCGGAAGCACCGCCCGCGGCCCAGGCCCCAAGCCCGCCGCCCCAGUCUCCCUCCUUACCCGGAGGGCGGCCACGGCGGACGGGAAGCCGUGCACGAGGAGCACCAUCUCCCUGGGGAAGAGAACGGGGACGCGGUCUGUGAGCCCCCCGCCACCCCGCGUCAAGCUGAAGCCCCUCGCCAGGGUCCGCCUCCAGCCCCGUUCCCACUCCUACUCAAAAAGGGAGUCGGUACAGCGGGCUUCAAGCCUGGCACACGAGGCCCGCUCCCUUGGGGAGGCCCCGCCUUUUUUGCGGCCCCCGUUGUGCUGCUGAACCCGACGAGCAGGAUUGACGGUGAAGCCCACGUAGAUGCGGCCCCGGUACCGAGGGUUCAGGCAGUAGAGCAGGUAGACGCCGAAGAAGCGUCCCCGCCUCGCCGCGCCCUCCGAGGGGCCCAUUGGGACUUGAGGGUUGGGGGCUGCGUCUGGGGGUUGACUGCUGGGGCCUUUGACCCCGGGGAGCGCGGAGUUGCUAGGGCUGCCCGAUGCUCGUCUCGGAAAAAGCGCUUUGGGGCGAUCGAGACACCCAUCAGGCCACAGCCAUGCAGGCUGGUGCACCCCCUCCUGGCAGGAGCUGGGGUGUUCAAACCGGCCCCAGGCCGCCGUGCCGGUGGCGAACCCCAAUUACCGUCGGCUCCUGCAGAGGCCAGCCCUCUGCAGGCUCCUAUUGGCCAGCGGAGGGCCAAGACUGUUGGAAAGCUGGGCUUGCGGGAGGACGGAGGAGCCAGGUGACGGACGCCUCGGUGAGGGCGGAAGCUGCCUCGGCGGAAGUGGCGCCAGUAAGGGCGGGCAGUGUGACCGGUAUCCGGGCUGGGGUACCGACCCCGCUGGGCUGGUCCCCAUCGGCCGCCGCAAUGGAACUCAACGCCGAGUAUCUCCGGGAGAAGCUGCAGCGGGAGCUGGAAGCGGAGUACGUGGAGGUGGAGGACACGACUCUCAACCGUUGCGCGUCCAGCUUCCGAGUCCUGGUGGUGUCGGCCAAGUUCGAGGGGAAGUCCCUGCUUCAGAGACACAGACUGGUGAACACGUGCCUAGUGGAAGAGCUUCCACACAUCCACGCCUUUGAGCAGAAGACCCUGACCCCGGAGCAGUGGACCCGUGAGCGGCAGAAAUGAGGGAACCUGCAUAGUCAUUAAACUGUAAAUCAGGGCCAGCUUCUAUGUCAGUGUGUUGCUGGGGUGGGGAUGCUACUGAGGCUGACAGUGUGGGGCUUCCCUGCUUUGCCAGUGCCCACUGUUUUCCUUGGGUAAGUCCCUGUCCCCACCCAGGCCUCAGUGUCCCUACUUAUAAAAUGAACGUUCUGUCUGUAUAGUCUUUU